CAGCAUUUGUGAAACACGAGGAAGAACAACAAAAGAAAGAAUCUCGGUUGGUAAGUCCCAGUAGUUGAUAUUGAUAUGGUUCAGAUGUUGAAAAUACGGUAUGUUACGGUAUUUCGGAACUGAAUUUUUACAGUUAUAAAGCAUGGGUCAUCAUCGCUUGUACUACACGAUUUUGCUGUUCAUACUGGGUKUGWUUUUGAUUCGUUUUKACUGGUGUUCAAGAUGUGUGGACUACGACCGUUCUUUAGUGACUUUCUCCUUUGGCCACCAUGGCAASAGCGAGCUUAAACUGCUGCCAAAACUUUGGAAUAAAGACAAAGAAUUGGAAACUUCAACCACGAAAAACGAGAAAAAAGAGUUUUUGUACGUCACACAGACAGAGAGUUGUAUUCCACAACAACUUUUACAUGCUGACCAACUGGGCUCAAGUAGGAAUUCAUAUGAUGUUCUGGUUUUGAGUUGGAAAUUUCCUUGUGUUAAUGCUAAACACUAUAAUAACGUCAAGUAUAUCUACACAACAAAAAACACAACCUGGUCUACAGGUAGAAACCUCUUAUAUUCAUACAUAUUACGUCACGGGGUCGAUAAAUACUUAUAUUACAUAUUUAUGGAUGAUGACGUCAUGUUGUACCAUACWGAGCCUUAUCAAGUGUACCAUAAGCGAUAUAAAACACUAAACACUCGUCUGAUAAAUGAUGUAACUCAUAAAUACCUCCAACAUCGCCAUAAUAGGCAACGAAGRGGCAAUAACCCGUAURGAGAGUUUGAAAGGUUYUUAUUGGAUUUUAAACCUGCUGUUGGUUUAAUUAACUUCUGCUUUGAACGUCGUGAAUUYUGUAUAUCGCAAUACAUACCCGAUAUUUGGCAGGCUUUUUGCGCCAGCCAGGGAAUGGCCCCCUUUCCGUACGUAUCAUACUCGAACUUUGACGGCGCUUUUAAUGCAUUCCAUCGAGAUGCAAUAAUACAAUUAUUGCCAUAUCACGUGACAUAUGAACACGUCAACUGGCAAGAAAGUCAAAAAUAUCUCAUACUUGAAGCAGAUAUUAAAUUCCAGGGGCAUGUUCUUUAUAAUCUAUUGAUUAUGGGCCAUGGKACUAAACAUAGACCAUAUCCUAGAAACAUACAUUGGCAUGCGAACUGGCCACACGUACUGCAAGAACUGAGAAAGUCAAUCGAUCCAAGGUAUCAUAAUGAAAUCGAAGUUUUACCCAUGGAAGUUACAAAACGAAGAUUUGAUGUCAUUAGGAAUCCCCUUCCACCUCAUCGUCCAAUUCGACCUUACGCGCAUUUCGAGUUGAACAAAACAAGAACAUGUCACCAUAGACCCAACAUGUACAAUAUCUAUAACACAAUCUUUGCAGAAGAACAGGUAAAACAGCAAGGCAAAACACGCAGGGGUACAUUAUGACAGGUAAAAAGAUAGGAAACUAGUUCCUCUCUCUUUCAAAGCCUGGUCUGCAGAUAGUAGAUUUGGAUCCCGGCACCUGGCCRGUUGUAUUUGUCUUGAAGUUCGAUCAACGACAAUAAAUAUAWGUUUUCUGUUAUUGA